AUGGAAAAAAAAUCUAGCACUUUGGUUCAUUCUUCUACAGUUUUUCUUCUUCUGUUUCUUCUUUUCCAUCUCACUGUUUCUGAGGCAUCAUCACCAACAGUUGAAUCAGUGUAUACCUCAUUCCUUCAGUGUCUAACUAAUCACACAAACCCUUCAGACCAAAUAUCCAGCUUAGUCUUUUCACAAACCAACUCUUCUUUUACUUCUCUUCUUCAAGCUUACAUUCGUAAUGCUAGAUUAAACAAAACUUCUACUCCAAAACCCUUACUAAUCAUCACUCCUCUGCAACAAUCCCAUGUCCAAACUAGCAUACUUUGCUCCAAAACCAUUGGAAUUCAGCUCAAAAUAAGGAGUGGUGGUCAUGACUUUGAAGGUAUCUCCUAUGUCUCUAAUAUUCAACCUUUUAUUAUUCUUGACAUGUUCAAUUUCCGGAACAUUACUGUUGAUAUACAAAACGAGGUUGCUGUGGUUCAGUCUGGUGCAAUACUUGGUGAGGUUUAUUAUAGGAUUUGGGAGAUGAGUAAAGUUCAUGGCUUUCCUGCUGGGGUUUGUCCUACUGUUGGGGUUGGGGGUCACUUGAGUGGUGGAGGGUAUGGUAACAUGAUGAGAAAAUUUGGGCUGUCUAUUGAUAAUGUUGUUGAUGCUGAAAUUGUUGAUGUUAAUGGUAGGAUUCUUGAUAGGAAAUCAAUGGGGGAAGAUCUUUUUUGGGCUAUUAGAGGUGGUGGUGGAGCUAGUUUUGGUGUUAUUUUAUCAUACAGUAUUAAGUUGGUUCAGGUACCUGAAGUUGUUACUGUUUUUCGCAUUGCGAAAGGUUUGGAUAGUUUGGAUCAGAAUGUUACGGAGGUUGUGUUGCAGUGGCAGAAGGUUGCGCCGCGGAUAGACGAUAGGCUUUUCAUGAGGCUGCUGAUUCAGCCUGUGAGUUCUAAGGUUGUGAAAGGGGAGAUAACUGUUAGAGUAACUGUUAUGGCUUUGUUUCUUGGAGGUGCUGAUGAAGUUGUUACACUAUUGGGGAAGGAGUUUCCUUCUCUUGGUUUGAAGAAAGAAAAUUGUUCUGAGAUGAGUUGGAUUGAUUCUGUGCUUUGGUGGGCUAGUAUUGGAAAUGAUUCGAAACCGGAAGUGCUUCUUGACAGGAACGUUGAUUCGGCAAAGUUUCUCAAAAGGAAAUCGGAUUACGUUGAGAAUCCAAUUUCGAAAGAUGGUUUGGAAGGGAUAUGGAAGAAGGUGAUUGAGUUGGGAAAAGUAGGAUUGGUUUUCAAUCCUUACGGUGGAAAAAUGAACGCGGUAGCUUCUGAUGCUACCGCGUUUCCUCACCGCGCAGGAAACCUGUUCAAGAUUCAGUAUUCUGUGAAUUGGGAUGAACCAGGACUUGAUGUAGAAAACAAUUUUACAAAUCAGGCUAGAAUGCUUUAUAGUUACAUGACACCUUUUGUGUCCAAUAGUCCAAGAAGAGCCUUCUUGAAUUAUAGGGACCUUGAUAUUGGUACCAACGAUUUCGGAAAUAAUAGUUACGAACAAGGGCGUGUUUAUGGAAUGAAGUAUUUCAAUAGCAACUUUGAGAGGUUGGUCAAGAUUAAGACUGAAGUCGAUCCAGAAAACUUCUUCAGGAAUGAACAAAGCAUUCCAACUUCACCGGUUGCUGGUUUCAACUCGAGCACCGGUACAUCAAGUGCUGACAAAUUGUUACUUUCGAGCAUGUGUAGGAAACUUAUGGUAAAGGUGGUAAUUGUAUGGUUUCUCAUCCUUGAGUUGUUCAUGUGA